AUGGCUUCCCACGUCGGCACCGGAGGUACUCCGCCUCAGAGUGUGGAGAGCAUCACUCGCAUCGCCCAAAACUACGAGUACAACUCAUCCGUACGUUUGCGGUACUGGCUGAGGACGGCGGCAACGAUCCUACGAGAGGCACACAUCUACGAAUCCGAAGGACACGACGAACAAGCAUACCUUCUCCUCUUCCGACACGCCCAGCUGAUCUUAGUCCAUCUUUCGAAGCAUCCGGAUACAGCAAAGUAUGAAGAAGACCGCAAAGCUUUGGUGGCCGCCGAGAAAGAAGUGGAGAAGAACCUCAGCAAGCUGGAGAUUUUAAGACCUCGGAUCAAUAAGCGAUAUGAGCGCUACACUCAGUUGAUGCGCGAGCGUCAAUCUCGCAAAUUGCCAACUCAAUCCAAACUCAAUAAUGAGCCGCGAGAGCAAGUCACAGACCCCGCCCUGGCCGGUGUCGCCGAGCCCUUGGAAGCCGGCGAGAAUCGGGACCUUGCCGUUCAGCUUGCCCAGCAUGAGCUCAGUCGGCGUGCCACUGUCCGGGGGAGUAAAAGCGCAUCAGCAGAAGAACUAGAGGCUCGUCGUACAGCCGGUAUGUGGGGUGAUUGGGAAGUUGCAUCGAAGCCAGAUACUCGAUCAGGCGACCAAGACUUGAGCCGACGGAUUCAGAACAUCAGGUCCAACAUCGAUCACACGCAUCAGCCCACUUAUGGCCAGCGCGCCAAAGAUUCAACGAGCGGGGUUUCGUCAGUCUACAAAUAUCCAAGUGUGCCGCGUCAGAAGCCUCUGGAGCCCACUGUAUCUCCAGGCCAGAUCGCCAUCCUCGAUAAGAACGUAGAACGCCAUGCGGCCCCUAUCCGACCUCCGAAGGAGCACAUUGAGCCCAGCAGGGCCUCAAUUAUUGACACAAAUGCACCGCCAAAGCCAUUAAAAGUGGCACCAACCCCACCACCCCCCGAGAAGUUUCGAGCAGAGGAAACCAGCACCAAGCGGUCUGAUCUCGAUCCAUCCAGUUACACCUUCAAACCUUCCGCUUAUCUGGAAAAUGGCACUCCCUUGCGCUCCGUCUUCCUGCCAGCCGACCUCCGAAGUCGCUUCUUAUCCCUGGCUGCUCCCAACACCCGCAGUAACCUAGAGACAUGCGGAGUUCUCUGUGGUACUCUCGUCUCUAACGCACUGUUCAUAUCUAAAGUGGUGAUUCCAGAGCAAACCUCCACAUCGGACACCUGCGAAACGGUGAACGAGUCUGCUCUCUUCGACUACUGUGACUCGGAGGACCUGAUGGUCCUCGGAUGGAUCCACACGCAUCCAUCGCAGACCUGUUUUAUGAGCUCCCGCGACCUACACACACAUUGCGGCUACCAAGUCAUGCUUCCGGAGAGCAUCGCUAUCGUGUGCGCUCCAAGCAAAGAUCCGGACUGGGGAGUGUUUCGUCUGACUGACCCGCCGGGACUCAAGACUGUUUUGAGCUGCACGCAGACCGGUCUAUUCCAUCCACAUGCGGAGGAGAACAUCUACACUGGUGCUUUACGACCGGGGCAUGUGUUCGAGGUUAAUGGACUCGAGUUCGAGACAGUAGAUCUGCGUCCUUAG